AUGAGUUACUACAAGGAUCAGUACAGGCAGUACCAGGCCAAUCCUAAAUCGGAGCACGUCAAAUUGGCCGACGACGUGUCCCUGAUCUAUGUUCCCACCACCACCAAGAUUGAGUCGCGCGACGCGGUGAUUAGCCAUGUGAAGAAACAGGACUACGUGGUCAAGAAGAGAUCGGAGCAGAUCAUCAGCUCCAUUGAAGGCUCGGACGCGCUAUGCCUGGACAUGGAGACCACGCUGGAGUUCAUGGAAGGUGGCGGGGCCUAUCUCCCCUCGCUGGACGAUAAUUUCCUGGCCGACCGCGUCGUCACUUUCCCCACGAUGCACAUCGUCACCUUUGUGAACAACGAAAUCAAGCAGAUCCGCAUUUACUGGGACCAGGGCUCAUUGCUGAAGCAAGUUGAGGUCAUUGGUGCGCGUGGACGCGCCUGGCCUAUCCGUGAUGGAAAGGACCAGAUCCGUUGCGUCAAGACCGCCGCGAACGAAUCGUCUACACCGUCGCUUUCUUCUUCGACCCAGCGCGAGCUUCCUCAGCGCCCUGCCUCCCCGGGCAAGCGUCGCAUCAAGGAUCCAUAUGCCGCAGAGUCCUUGACUGACUUGCUAUCGCCCAGCAAGGAAGCUGCCGCACUUGAGAUGGGUGAUUCGCCUCCCAGGGGUGCUUCUGCUGCCAAGAGAUACACCAAGGACCCGUAUGGAGCUGGAUCUUUGAAUGAGCUUCUGUCCCCGAGCAAGAAGGCCGCUGAACCUAUGCGCCCCUAUGCGCAAUCUUCUUCUCGCCCUCCCCAGCGCAACAUCAGCGAGCUAUUUUUGAAGGAUGACGAUAUUCCUGACUCGCCCUCCAAGCCCCAGCGGAGAGUUCCCAAGAUUAUCGACGAUGAGGAAGACAAUGCUGGUCUAGGCCCCGUCGAUGAGAACCGUAGCUUCUACAAGACUCUUCCUGGAAAGUACAGCCACUUUGAGAUUGGCGGUGAUAACAACUCCAACCGCGAGAUCCAGCAUGAAACCAGGCCCAGCAAAACCUACAGCACGCCCCACUGGGAAUUUGACGACUUCGCGACUCCCAAGAAGCCCUCGCGCGCCCCCCGUGGCGAGGAAGUGCGCCACUUCGGUUUCGAGAACGAGAAAGACUUCCAGACUCCCCCAGGCAAGGCCAAUGUGGUCAAGCCCCGUCGCGAUGCCGAUGUCCACUUCGAGCUGACUGACGACGACGACGACAAGGAAGAAGCCCGGAUCAUCAGCUCAUUCGGCGGCCGCGGCAAGAACCUCUACCAGAACCGUCUGUACGACGAACACGGAGACCCCGAGCUCACCGAGAAGGAGAUGAAGCAGGAACCUCUGGGUGUUGUCGGCAACGCCGCAAACCGCAAGAAGAACUUCGAUUCCCAGUGGGAGAUGACAGAUGACUCUCCCAAACCCAAUGAGAACAUUGAGCCCGCCACUCAGAACCACUCCAAGGCUGUCAAGAUGAUGGAGUCUUCCUGGGAUAACUUCGAAGACUCGCCCGAGCCCAAGCGGACUGCCACGGCUCUUCGCGAUCCCAAGCGGCACAACCAGCCGAGCUGGACUCAUGGUGACGAAUAA